AUGACGUCCACAAGCGGACCAGCAGUCAGACCCAGUAUGCCUAGCUUCCAGGAUCCCAGCAAUGUGACAACACAUUAUCCAUUCAUUAAAUAUAACCCACAUUCAACGUCUCCUGAUAUGCCUGGAUACUGCUUGAACCCUCACCGGGAUGACGUGCCUUUGAUUGAUCCGUGCUCAGGCUUCAUGAGUGCUGGAGCCGAUGCGGAUUUAAGACCUGGAACGGGUAAAACGAUCCCAUGUCUGGCAGAUCAAAUUGAUGUGAAGCCCCUGCACAACGAUCCCUGGGAGCGCACCAGUCAGGGAAUUCGAUGUACAACAGCGCCACCUAGCGGAACUGUUACCAGUCAGACACAGUACAAGCCACGGGAAGCCAGGGAUGAAGAUGACUUCAGACAUUUCUUCCACAAGGAGGGCUCAAAAUGGAAUUCUGUAGCCAGAUCAGACACUGCACUCAGAGCAAAGCUGGGAGGGUGGACGAGUAAUAUGAAAGUAACUCCUCGAGUGAUAAGUGGACAUGACAGUUCCAUAUUUCCAAAGUUUGCUCUUCAGCAUGUGACAGUAGAUGCUUGUUCAAGAGAUGCCUCGGUCCAGAAAUGUAUGUACACAUCAUCUACACAAAGAGCUUAUGGAGAUGUUCCAUGGGACAUUAAGCUGCCACCAAAGCUACAGCAUCCUGAGGAUACAUUAGAAAAAAUGCCAGAUCCAGUCUCACAGCAUUUCACCCUGAAAAGAUAUGAACCUAAACCGGAAAUAUGGCAAGUGACAGUGGGAAUGUGGGACAGAUUUCAAACACGGGUAUUUCAUGGCCAGAAGAAACCUGUGACAUUCAUAUCUCCGUAUCCUCGUAUGGAUCAUAUUCCAGGCUAUUGUGGUAUUACUGGAUCUGUGAAUAGCGAAGACAUUGACAAUCCUCCAGCAGUCUUCGCACCUUUUACCAAAGUCCGAACCUUGCAGCCCCGAUACACAAACACAGCACACACUCCAAACAUUCCUGGAUACACUGGCAGGGUUCAUUGGAUAGCUAUCCACCCAGCAAAUUCUAAUCUUCCAUCUCCCCCUUCAUCUGCAGACAAAAAAAUGAAUGGAUCUCUUGUUGGAAGUGGAACCGAUUCUCCAUAUAAACACCAGGGGCCGCUUUCCAAAAUGAUCACUACAGUUUUACCAUGCAACCCUUACAAUAAAGUGGAAAAUAAAAAUGAUCUUAUAAGUAAACAGAUAACUCAUGUUAACAGGAAACAGAUUAAAAACAAAUAA